AUGGCACGCUUCCGACGCCCCAAGUACCUGACUUGCUUCUACUGCGGCAAAAGGUCCGGGCUCAAGUUUGACGCCUCCAUCCGCGACUUCCAGUGUCUGCACUGCGACGCGACCAACCAUCUAGACCAGAAUGGCGAAAUCACAGACCCUCCCGUCCCGACCGACCGCGAACCUGCCCCCGCCGCCGUGCAGUACGCCGCGCCGCAGCCGAGCGCCCCUACGUCGCAGCCCCCCCGCGCCAUCUUCUGCGCCACCUGCCUCAAGAACCAGCACCUGUUCACGACAUGCCUCGCCCAGUAUCUCCCGGACGACCCCUCCGACCCCGACUACCCCGAGCUGGAGCGCAACUACUACCGCUACCGGCGCGACCUCGAGAGACGCUACCCGCAGGUCUGCCGCGAGUGCGCGGCCAGGGUCGAGGACGGCAUUCGCAGGGCGGGAUACACCGCCAAGACGGACCACCUGCGGCGCAUGAUGGACCGGAGCCGCGGCAAGAAGACGCGCGCCCUGACCGGGCUGGACUGCGCCAGCGCGCUGGGCGAGACGCUGUGGCGCGCCGGCUUCGUCCUGCAGAUGCUGUGGCACUCGGCCGUGGUUUCGGAGGCGCUGCGGCAGGCGCUGCGGCAGGCGCUGCGGCAGGGUGACGGCGGGAUGCGCGACCCCGAUGGUGGUGAUGGUCAGGCUGCGCUGUCGACGUUGGUUUCGACGCUGGCGCGAGCCGCGAGCUGCUUGCCAGCCGGGGGUGCUCUGAUCCGAUGGAGCCUCAAGGCGGGCAUCCUCUCCGCGUGGUGGAACCCGCAUUUCGUGCAGGCGAACCGGGGAUUCACGAGGCAUCUGCUGGGCUUUGCGCAGUGGUACGCCUUUCAAGGCCUGGCCAUCGUCUUGCGCGUCGUGUCUCGCGGCUUGGACGCCCACGCGCAGACGGCUGGUUCGGCGAGCGCCAGGCUCGGCGCCCACGCGGCAAUGGCUGCCGUCACGGCCAUGGUUUUCAUUCUGGCCGGGCGAUCUAUUCGCGUCGAUACGACACCUCUCUUUGCCACGUACGACAGACCCUUGAUGCCCGACCAAGGCGUCGCGUCUGCGAGCCGAGGGACGAGCCGAGGGACACGGGAUGACGUGAAAACAUUCUCCGACCUUGUCAAUGACGCCUUGGAUUCCGCCGACGUGACUCCUCAAAGGCCAGCCUCGGCCGCCGUCGCUCCAUCACCUCAAUCCCCCUUCGGGGCUCGACCCCCAGUGACUACCUUUCGACCAACGUCUGGAGACACGCAUCAGCCAGGGACGCCGAGCAAGCAUGCGCAGCAGCAGCCCCAGUACGACCAAGAGAUGGAUUGGUCGCCAAUCACACCCCAACACCAACACCGGGCCUUCAACGACGACCCGACGUCGACGCCUGGCAGGUUUGGACAGAUCGGCAGCCACCAAGGCUCUGGUCCACCGGGAUCAGAACCCAGGGGUCCGUUCUGGUACAGGGUCCCGGCCGCGCCUGUGGAGCCUGCUCGAAGGCUGAGAAACCCGGGCUGGUCUCCAGCACCAGCACCAGCACCAGCACCAGCAAAAGAGCAGCCUGCCGAGAGCGGGAAAGCCAUGUUCACCCGACGAGGACACAAGCCGACGGCGUCCCAAACUAGUGUCUUUAGCGACGCCAGCGGGGCCGUCGAGUUCAAGCAGCCUCGCUUUUUCGCGCCGCAGAAGGACCAGGACGCGAGCUCUCUGGCAGAUUUACUCAGCCAGAGCUUCAGCCUGGGCCAGGACCGAGACACAGACCAGCAAGACGACGGAUCCGCCUCCACGCCGGGCCGCCGACGCCCAGAACCGGCCAGCAGGGACAGGAACCCGCAUCGGCAUCAACUACAAGCAACUAUUGUUACGGUCCUGUUAUCGCUAUGGCUGCUAGCCAUGUUCGUGGCCAUCCCCUCCUUGCGGGAAGUGCAGCUUGCCACGCUUUUUGCCGCCGCCGGCUGCAUAGCGUUCGGUGGCACAGGCGACGCCCGCCAGCUGCUGGUUCGAUCGCGCCCGAGGCCCGCUGCUUACGUGCUAUCGGGAAUCUGCGUGGCCGAACUGGCCGUCGUUUGCUGGGCCGGAUCCAAGGUGUGGAGCGGUCAAUCAAAGGAGGUGGAGUGGCAUUGUGUCGGGGUCUUGACCACGAUGCUUGUGCACCGGGCGGCGAGUGCAAGGCUGCGAGGGCAUCAUGGUGGGUGA